AUGGCGUUCUCAUGGUUUCCCGGCGCAUGUACAACUACCUACACUCACUCCGACAAGCCAUUGAUCGUCCAAGUCAAGAAUGGCCCCAAAAGAGCACUCCCGGAGAUUUGCAAAGAUGUGAUCCCACCAUGCAAUCUGAGUCCAAUGCUCUUCAACGGCCACCUACAAACAGCAUGGACAGCUUUCAAGUACCAAGGACCCAAGAUACAUUACAAGCGACGAGUCUUCGAAGCCGAGAACCCUGCUUUCAAAGGCCAUUUCACGAUCGACGUCGUCACCGCUCCGCCACCAUCAGCGGGGACUUCUGCGACAGAUGGUGGACCAGAGGACCAGGGACUGCGUGAGGAUCCCAUGGGUAUUGGACAUCAUCGACUACCGCCGAGGACGACUUACUUCACAGACAAAGAGUUUGAGAACUUGGGAAGCAAUGACACGAAGCCUCUGCUCAUUUCAUUGCACGGAUUGAGUGGCGGUUCUUACGAGACUUAUCUACGCGAAGUCCUGGAGCCACUGGUCAAGGCGACUUCUGAGGGUGAGAAGGCCGGAGGAAUGUCUGGAGGAGACUGGGAAGCACUAGUUGUGAACAGCCGUGGCUGUGCUGGAUCUAAAAUCACGACGAGCAUCUUGUACAAUGCGCGGGCGACUUGGGAUAUGCGACAGGUUGUAAAGUGGGCCAGGAAGACAUGGCCCAAACGUCCGAUCUACGGUAUUGGGUACUCGCUCGGUGCGAACAUUCUGACAAACUAUCUGGGCGAGGAAGGCGAGAACUGCCAGCUCACAGCCGCCGUUGUGGUUAGCAACCCCUGGAAGCUCGAAGUCGCAUCUCUCGCUCUGCAACGGUCAUAUCUGGGCAUGGAGGUGUACAGCAAGGCCAUGGGCAAGUCAAUGCUCGCUCUGUUCGAUACUCAUGCCAAAGAAAUCACGGAGAACAAGAACAUCAGCUCUGAGGGCAUGCAUAAGCUGAAGUAUCUUCACGAGUUUGAUCGUGCAGUACAGUGCGCUACCUGGGGUUACCCGACUGAAGGAGCGUACUACAGAGAUGCCAGCAGUGCAGACAGUGUUCUUGCCAUUAGGAUCCCGGUGCUCGCGGUACACGCGCGAGAUGAUCCGAUUGCCGUGGAUGAGGCCGUGCCAUAUGAGGAGAUCAAGCAGAACCCAUACAUCGUCAUGUGUGCGACGAGUGGUGGUGGACAUUUGAGCUGGUUCCAGACCCAAGGAAGAUGGCAUCCCAAGCCAUGUGUCGCCUUCUUGAACGAGAUGGCCAGAAAUGUCGAUCUCGCGAAGAUCGAUGCCCCAGAGGUUGCGAGCCAUGGUCCUAAUGGCGGCCUGCCCACGCCUUUUGCUUUCACUCCCAUGCGGAGAAAGGCUCGUGUUCCUCAGAACGAUCCUUAUGAUGCUUAG